AUGGAUAAGAACAACACCUUUGAAGAUCGAAACACAAAAAAGUUUGAUAUUUUAGAUCUCCCCGAGUACGACUAUCUGUACAAGCAAGACAACGUUCCCUUUGACUGCAACUUCAACUUCUCUAUAACAAACGAGUCUAAGUUUCCUGCUGUUUCUCUUUCCUCCUCCGCUGCUCCUUCCGGGAAUAAUUUGUUCUUCCACACGGAAGAGUUCGCGAGCCAGCAGGAAGAGGCUCUCAAGGUCAAAGAAAAAAACAUAGACUACUUCAGCGCAAAUGUCACACACCACACAGCCGAGCCCUCUUCUUUCAUGCCGUUUAAGAAGGAGAGAGAGCAGCCCAUUCCCGAGCAGAGGGAGACGUACAGCUACCCCUCGUACUCGCAGGGAAAUGAGCACGCAGUUUUUGUGAAUGCGAAUCAGUACCAGUACAUCAAAAGAAGAAAAGAGAGAAGAGACUACCUAGACUCCCUUGAGAAAAAGACUAAUGCGGCAUACCAGCACGAGAGCAGACACAAACACGCCAUGAAGCGCCCACGAGCUCCAUCAGGCCGCUUCCUCACAAAAGAAGAAGCAUUCCUAGAGGAGUCCAAAGGCAGUUAA